GGCGACAGUGACAAUCAUCCCUGUUUACUGAGUACUCACAGUACUAGUGCUAUCACUCCGUACGGAGUAGUCCAUUACUAUCUUCUGUACUCGGUAUCUCCGCCAACCCCAGAACCACCGUUAAGCCAUGCAAGGGCUGCCUCGGCUGUCUAAACUCUCCUCACCACCACCGAAUCACAACUCUUAGUUUGAAGUAUUGAAGUGAGGGACAGGGAGACAACUUAAGCUCUCAGCUAUUGCAGCCGAGCUCGAUCCUAAACCCAGCCGUUCCAGCCAUCCCCUAUCCAAAGAACAUAAAUACCCCCUCCAUCCCCAGUACACCAUCCCCCUCUACUCCAACCACUCAUUCCUCAUCACAACUCAAGGAAAAACAAAGAAAAAGAAGAGAGAAAAAAUGAAAUUCCUCCUACCCACCAUCCUCUUCCUCGCCGCCGCCGUGACGGCCCAACCCACCACCGCCACCGCCACCGACGACCCCGUCAGCCAAGUCCUCGACUACAGCGAUGGCAUCCCCCUCUGCUGCGAAAACCACGACUAUAUCUCCGAGGCAGGCGAUGAUGUCGUCGCUCAAGUGACCAGUGCUUUUGACGGCGAUGGUGGCGGUUCUUGGGAUUUGGGUGAGCUCGUUGCUGGUGAAUGCCAAACUGCUUUCCCUACUGGAUUCGGGCCAGGGAACCGUACCGAUUGUCCCGAGGAUUUGACGGCGAUUUGGUGUAAGAAGCAUGCUGCUUGGACGUUGACCAUCAACGGCUCCUCGAUUGCUCGCGAUGUGCACGGCCAGUGCCACUACUAAAUUGUGGUGAUGUCUUCUGGUACGGGGCUGGAAGUGGGGUGAUGGCGAUGAGAGAAGUUUAUGAGGCAUGAUAGGACAUGAGAGUUAUGGUAUGAAUAGCAUAGAUAUCAAUAAAAGAUUUCACAGUGAUGUUUGUGUUUGGUUGAUGUGGUUGUUCUGAUGGUUUGAUGAGAUGGGCGAUUUGGCGCACCGCGAUGGGUUGGACUACGGGGUUGAUAAUAGUAUGAGGGGUAGAGACAUGGCUGGAUCGCAGAAAGUUAACAAGUUUAUAUAUAUCUAUCAGAGUCCCACGGGUAAAUAGUAGAAUAAUAUUCACUCCGGGAUUUUUGAGAAUUC